GGCAGGGCCCGGGGCCAGCCGGGGCCAGCCGGGGCCAGCCGCUGGGCAGGGCCCGGGGCCGCGAUGGCUGCGGCGGGAGCGGAGCGGGGCUGAGCCCGGACAGGGCAGGAGCGGACAGGGGCAGGGCAGGGCCGGGCCGGGCAGGAGGGAGGACAGGCCCGGGCCUCCCCGCCAUGGCGAAGCAAUACGACGUGCUGUUCCGGCUGCUGCUGAUCGGGGACUCCGGCGUGGGCAAAACGUGCCUGCUCUGCCGCUUCACCGACAACGAGUUCCACCCGUCGCACAUCUCCACCAUCGGAGUCGACUUCAAGAUGAAGACCAUAGAGGUAGACGGCAUUAAAGUCCGGAUCCAGAUUUGGGAUACCGCAGGGCAGGAGCGAUACCAGACAAUCACCAAGCAGUACUACAGGCGGGCACAGGGCAUAUUUUUAGUUUAUGACAUCUCCAGUGAACGAUCCUACCAGCACAUCAUGAAGUGGGUCAGCGACGUAGAUGAGUACGCGCCUGACGGAGUCCAGAAGAUCCUCAUAGGGAACAAAGCCGACGAAGAGCAGAAGAGGCAAGUGGGAAGAGAUCAAGGGCAGCAGCUGGCUAAGGAAUAUGGCAUGGACUUCUACGAAACAAGUGCCUGCACCAACUUCAAUAUUAAGGAGUCUUUCACUCGGCUGACUGAGCUGGUGCUGCAGGCCCACAAGAAGGAGCUGGACAGUCUCCGCACCUUCGCCAGCGAGGAGCUCCCCUUGGCCGAGCUGGAGGAAGACGAGGGCAGACCGGAAGGCACGGGGCACUCUCCGAAGACCUGCUGGUGCUGAGGGAUCUGCACGGGACACCUGUACCGGUGCCACUCUUCCUCCUCUUCUUCCUCCUUCUCUCCUCCUCCUCCUCCUCCUCCUCUGUGGUGGCA